GCCCCGUGCGUGACGUCCCCUGAUAUGCGACAGGACCUCCCGCCGCUCUCUUGGUCUUCCCUUCCGCCGAGGGCUUUCUCGUCGCGCUGGAAUGACGUAAUCUUUCCUUUCCGGCCUGAGCUGGUAGCGUGUGAGGAGGAAUUUCUUGUUGCCCCUCACUGUUAGCAAGAUCUAGAAACUCACCAUGCAGAACGACGCUGGGGAAUUUGUGGAUCUGUAUGUGCCUCGUAAGUGCUCUGCUAGCAACCGGAUAAUUGGUGCUAAGGACCAUGCUUCAAUCCAAAUGAAUAUUUCAGAGGUUGAUAAGGUCACAGGCAGAGUCAACGGCCAAUUCAAAACCUACGCAAUUUGUGGAGCAAUUCGUAGGAUGGGGGAGUCUGACGACUGUAUUCUGCGCCUGGCAAAGACUGAUGGGAUUGUUUCCAAGAACUUCUAACUGAAAAAGCACCAUGAUGUGGAACUUCUUGUAAAAUAAACCUGUUUGGAAAAA